AUGGUACGUAAAUGCACAGUAUAUGUGAGAGAUCCAUUGAAAGAACCAUUAUUACCCCAUGAAUUACUUAAAUACCCCUACCAAAAAAUAGCAAUGGAUAUUUUAGAUUUCGCAGGUAAAUCUUACCUUUGCGUGGUGGAUUAUUAUUCUAAAUGGUUAGAUAUUUUACCAUUACAAUCAAAGACAGCCAUAGAUGUAAUUAAAAAGUUGAAACCUCUCUUUUCGACUCAUGGUAUCCCAAAUGUGGUUAUUGCGGAUAAUAUAUCUUUCGGAACUUACGAGUUUAGAAAAUUUGUGGAGAAUUAUGAUUUCACGAUUAGAAUAACUAGUCCGCAUUACAGUAGGUCCAAUGGGUUAGCUGAAAGAUUUGUGCAAAUAGCCAAGAACAUUAUCAGAAAGGAAGUGAAUUGUCUACAGCUUUAUUGGAAUACCGCACGACGCCUCUAUCAAAGAUUGGCUUGGCUCCUUGUCAAUUGUUAUUCAAUAGAAGAAUAA